CUUACAUCAAUCGCAAAAAUGGCUGCGUCCUUAGACGAUGAUGUUGAGUUCAAUAACCAGGAUUACUACUCGCUACUCAACGUGAGGAAGGAGGCUACUCUAGAGGAGUUGAAAGCAUCAUAUAGGAGGCUUUGCAUGCUAUAUCAUCCAGACAAACAUCGCGACCCUGAGCUGAAAAUACAGGCUGAGCAGCUUUUCAACCAGGUGCACCAAGCCUUCGAAGUGUUAAGUGAUCCUCAUGCUCGAUCUAUCUACGACCUCUUUGGGAAAAAAGGAUUGGAAGUAGAAGGUUGGGAGGUGGUUGAAAGAAAAAGAACACCGGCUGAAAUUCGGGAGGAGUAUGAACGACUACAACGAGAACGAGAGGAGAGGAAGCUGCAGCAAAGAACGAACCCAAAGGGCACCAUCAGUGUGGGUGUGGAUGCAACUGAUCUCUUUGACCGUUACGAUGAAGACUUUGAGGAGACGCCAGGGGUUGGUUUUCCCCAUCUUGAGAUCAACAAAAUGCACAUCUCCCAAUCUAUUGAGGCUCCCUUAACCAACACUGACACGGCAGUGCUCUCUGGUUCACUGUCGACACACAACGGCACCGGAGGGGGCAACAUUAACAUGACCGUUCGGAGGGUGACGUCUGCUAAAGGCUGGGGAGAGGUGGAGUUUGGUGCAGGAGACAUACUGGGACCUCUUAUUGGAUUGAAGGUGUUUCGUAAUAUCACACAGAGAUGUUUCUUGACAGCACAAUGCGGCUUGCAGUUUUCCCCCCGUGGCUUACGCCCCAGCUGUUCUUUGAUGACAGCACGCCACCUGGACCAGAACACAAUGGGUUAUCUGCAGUGGCGCUGGGGGCACACCAGUGCUAUGACGACAAGUGUGGUGCGGGACACGAAGAGCAGUCACUUCACCCUGGCUGUACAGCUGGGUGUUCCUCACUCCUACCUAAUGAUGAGCUACCAGUACAAGUUCCAAGAUGAGGACCAGACCAAAGUCAAAGGUUCUGUCAAGACAGGCUGGUUUGGAACGGUGCUGGAAUACGGAGCAGAGAGGAAGAUAAGCCGCCAUAGUGUCCUGUCAGCCACUGUCAGUGUCGGCGUCCCGCAGGGAGUCACAUUGAAGAUCAAGUUGGCACGUGCCAGUCAGACUUACUUGUUUCCAGUCCACCUGACAGACCAGCUAUUGCCAAGUGCCGUCUUCUAUGCCACAGUGGGGCCGCUGCUGGUCUAUAUGGCCGUCCACAAAUUGGUCAUCAUUCCCUACACGCGAGCACAGAAAGAAGAAGAACUGGAGCUUCAGAGGAAGAGUUCAGCCACGGACAUUGCCAAGAAAAAGCAGGAGGCCGAAUCAGCGGUUCUGCUGAUGCAGGAGUCUGUGAGGAGAAUCAUAGAGGCAGAAGAAUCCAAGAUGGGGCUGAUCAUCCUGAAUGCCUGGUAUGGAAAGUUUGUGUCCGACACCAGCCAGAAGCAGGAGAAAGCCAAAGUCAUUGACGUCACCGUGCCGCUGCAGUGCCUAGUCAAGGACUCCAAACUCAUCCUCACUGAGACUUCCAAGGCUGGUUUGCCAGGUUUCUACGAUCCCUGUGUGGGAGAAGAGAAGGGCCUGAAAUUGCUGUACCAGUUCAGAGGAGUCAUGCACCAAGUCAUCUCUGCAGACACCGAGCCACUCCGAAUACCUAAACAAUCUCACAGGAUUGAAAAUGAAUCUUUGAAGCCGUGGAGCACUACAGGGCAAUGAAGGAACAAAUACACUUCUUGACAAAGGUCCAACCUUUGGUUCUCCUCUGUCAUGGCACUAGUGAAUCUUUUAUGAAGUCCCUCCUCUCCUCCUUUUCCUGCGAAGCGACUUCCAGCUGUGAGGUUGAAACAUCACUGGGUGUUUUCACCGCACGUCUGCCUGACACUUGACAGAGCAGCUCGAAUAUCAUCUGCCCACUGAAGAAGGACGGAGUGGCACUCAACACAAGGGCCCACGGUGACUCCAUCAGCGAUCGGUCAAAAUUUCGCAGGCAAAUGUCAAGUUUCAUCACAGUGUCACAGCAACGUAAGGAAAAGUGCGUUUUUACCUCAUUGUGGUCAUUAUUCUUAACCCUUCGCCCUUCAGAACCUUUACGAUAGAUUAUGGAGUAUAAUAUACUCAUCUUUAAGGGAACUCCGAGUGAGAUGACAUGUUGAUUCUGUAUGAUUUAUUUCAAUGUAUCUAUUAUAUACAACAUUGAAAAUAAUUUGCAGUUUAAUAUGAUAUUAAAAAAUUUAUUUGCCAACUUGGCGACUUUCUCGCUAAAUCUGGCGACUUUCUAAAACUGGCGACUUUCUAAAACCUCUUUUUUUUGUUGUUGUUAAAAGCGACAAAUCUAGUUACCAUUAUUAUUAUUAUUAUUUUUAAUUGUAUUUAGUUUUUCAAUGUUUAAAAAAGUUAGGGUUAAGGUUCAUUUUUAGUUCUAAACAUAUUUAGAUGUUUUUUUUACUCACUUUUUGCUUCUCCCACAACAUUAUUGCUCCUACAGCGUCCAUUACAAUUACAGUGGGGCAAAUAAGUUUUUAGUCAACCACCAAUUGUGCAAGUUGUCCUA